CCUCCCAGGCACACCUGCCCAAGCUCCGAGAUAUGAGGUCUCUCGGGCUCGCCCACCUGCCUUUGGCACCAGGCCGGUGCACGAACUGGCACUCGACCUCCACGGGCCCAAAGACGUUCUUCCUCGUCGCGGGAGGGUUUGCAGCCUUCCCCAUCCGCGGCCCCGCGAGUUCAGUCUCCGCAGGAAGGGGCGGGCCCUGCCGGUUGGCUUUGCAGAGGCCCCGCGUUGCCAUAGCGACCCCGGCCGGGCUCUGGACGCCAGAGCAUGAGCCGCAGGUAGCGAUAGAAGCUGGAGGCUGCGGGCGGCGACCCCAUCGCUGUUUGCCAGGGACUCCAGAUCCAGACUCCGCCCCCCAGGAGAGCGCAGAAGCAGCCAACAUGCCUAUCUUCAAAUGCCCGCAAAAGUCGGAGCCCCUGUGGAAGGAGUGGGACCAGAAGGCCCAGAAGAACGGACUGAGGCACCAGGUGUUCGCUGUCAAUGGCGACUGCUACGUGGGUGAGUGGAAGGACAAUGAGAAACACGGGAAAGGAACACAGGUCUGGAAGAAGAACGGAGCCAUCUAUGAGGGGGACUGGAAGUCUGGGAAGCGAGAUGGCUAUGGCACCCUCAGUCUUCCUGACCAAGAGACCGGAAAGUACAAGAGAGCCUACUCAGGCUGGUGGAAAGGCGAUAAGAAAUGUGGCUAUGGGAUCCAGUUUUUCGGACCCAAGGAGUAUUAUGAGGGUGACUGGUGUGGCAACCAGCGCAGCGGGUGGGGCCGCAUGUACUACAGCAACGGAGACAUCUACGAGGGCCAGUGGCGUAACGACAAGCCAGAAGGGGAGGGCAUGUUGCGCCUGAAGAAUGGGAACCGCUAUGAAGGCAAUUGGCAGAGAGGUGUGAAGAAUGGGUCAGGGCGUUUCUUCCACCUGGACCAUGGUCAGCUGUUUGAAGGCUUCUGGGUGGACGACGUGGCCAAGUGUGGCACAAUGAUCGACUUCGGCCGCGAUGAGGCCCCCCAGCCCACCCAGUUCCCUAUUCCUGAGGUCAAAAUUCUAGAUCCUGACGGUGUGUUGGAGGAAGCCUUGGCCAUGUUCAAGAAGACAAAAGAAGAAGGAGAUUGAUACCAGGGCCUUGUUCCAUGCAGUCCCUCCUGGUGGGUAUAAGUGGGGUCGAGGAGAGAGCACUGGUACAGCAUCUUUGAAACGCCAGCUCCCAGCACCCCUCGCCCUUGCAGAGAGAACCACCAGCGCUUCAGGAGGAAUUCAAACCGGAGUCACCCAACUGCUUGGACCAGUGCGGCUCCUGUUGGAGGAGCAAUGGGGACACACCCUUGGCACCCUCAG